UCCCCCUUUUUUCCCUUUCUUCUCUCUCGAACUUUUCUCUACUUUUUGUCUCCUACUUAGCCAUCAAAUCAAAUCAUUUCCCCUUUCUUAUGAUACUAAAAUCCGAUAUGAUGAACCGAAAUUUCUCCUCCUUCUUCUUCUUCACUCGUCCUUGAAUUUCUCUCCUCUCCUUGCUUCAGAAGCUUCCGGAAUGGGAAUGGAUGAUAAGGACAGCUGCGAGAGCCGUGCAGUGGUGGAGCCGUCGUCGGCGAAGCAGAGCCGCCUGCACUGGCAGCGCUACGAAGUCUUCACGCAAGUGCUUAGCCGGCUCCAGGAAUUGAAUCUCGACGAUGUCAAAUCCCCCGGCUUCGAAGACCAGCUCUGGCUUCAUUUCAGUCGCCUCCCCGCAAGAUAUGCAUCGGAUGUGAACGUGGAAAGAGCUGAGGAUGUGUUAAUGCACAAGAGAUUGCUCAGUUCAGCUGAGGACCCUGAGAAUAGACCUGCAUUUGAAGUUCGCCCUGUACAGGUUCACCCCAACUACAAUGGAGCCUCAGCAGAUUUGGUUGAUGUCAGUUCUUCAUUGAAAGAUGAAGCCCAAAGUUUCCACCCUCCUCCAACGUUUGGCUUAUCACCUAAUCUUCAGACACUUGAACUUAAUGAUAACAAAACUCAUGCAAAUGAUGGAGAUAACGAAAGCAAUCUACCUUCAAGGAUUUACAGGCCCAUGCAUGAGGUCACUUUUUCAACAAUUGACAAGCCAAAGGUUCUUAGUCAGUUAACUUCUAUACUUUCUGAAAUUGGACUGAACAUUGAAGAAGCUCAUGUUUUUUCCACUGCUGAUGGCUUCUCCUUAGAUGUUUUUGUUGUUGAUGGAUGGCCAUAUGAGAAAACUGAGCUGCUUAGGAGUGAGAUACAAAAGGAAAUUUUUAAGACUAAGGUGCAACCAGAACUCAUACUUACUCCUAACAACGAGCAGAACCAAACAGUGCCUGAACCAAAUUCUGAAUGUGUAAAAAUACCUACUGAUGGAACUGAUGAUUGGGAAAUUGAUUCACAGUUUUUGAAAUUUGAAAACAAAAUUGCAUCUGGAACAUUUGGAGAUCUGUAUAAAGGCACAUAUUGUAGCCAAGAGGUGGCUAUAAAAGUCUUAAAGCCGGAAAACUUGAAUGCGGACAUGUUGAAAGAGUUCACUCAGGAAGUCUACAUCAUGAGGAAAAUUAGGCAUAAGAAUGUUAUCCAAUUUAUAGGGGCACGGACACGGCCUCCGAACAUGUGCAUCGUGACUGAGUUCAUGUCUAGAGGAAGUGUUUACAACUUUUUGCACAAGCUAAGAGGUGCUUUUAAGCUUCCUAAUCUACUCAAGGUUGCAACUGAUGUUUCUAAAGGAAUGUACUAUCUCCACCAAAAUAGCAUAAUUCAUCGUGACUUGAAGACUGCCAAUCUUCUGAUGGAUGAGCACGGAGUUGUUAAGGUUGCUGAUUUCGGGGUGGCUAGAGUGCAAGCUGAAACCGGAGUCAUGACUUCAGAGACUGGAACAUACCGAUGGAUGGCUCCUGAGGUAAUUGAGCAUAAACCAUAUAAUCACAAGGUUGAUGUUUUCAGCUUUGGAAUAGUGCUAUGGGAACUUCUUACAGGAGAAAUUCCCUAUGUCUUCUUAACACCUUUACAAGCUGCAAUCGGCGUGGUGCAACAGGGUUUACGACCUAACAUUCCUAAGCACACACAUCCAAAACUAGCCGAACUGCUCGAGAAUUGUUGGCACCAAGACCCAACUAAAAGGCCGGAAUUCUCAGAAAUUUUGGAGAUUCUGAAACAAAUUUCUGACGAGGUUGGAGAUGAUGGAGAUUACAAAAAAAAAAGGAUACCAAAUCAAUCCCUAACCGGCCAUCAAUGAGAUUUUGACUUUGAAAAUGGAAAUAAACCUACCCAAGUCGUCUGGUGUUAGUCAACUUUGUACAGGCAGCCUAAAUUUAUUCAACUUUACCCUUUAAAUUAUUAGAAACUCCAAGGAAUUCAUCUAA